AUGACCCUACCCUUUCGAGCAGAAGCGGGAACCAUCGCCGACGGCAACCGUGCAUUGAGAAGGAAAAGUGGCGGAGGAAAGGAGGAAGCGAUGUGCCUGACGCAGGCAUACAGUAGGGCAUGCAUCAAUCUCAGAAUCGAAGCUGCUUACUUGGAGUCGCCUGAUGCUGCUUACUUGGAGUCGCCUGAUGCUGCUUACUUGGAGUCGCCUGAUGCUGCUUACUUGGAGUCGCCUGAUGCUGCUUACUUGGAGUCGCCUGAUGCUGCUUACUUGGAGUCGCCUGAUGCUGCUUACUUGGAGUCGCCUGAUGCUCCAAACUUGUAUACGAUGAGGACUUGA